GAGAGAGUGGCUGCACACCCGCGACGCCCUACGUCCGUUGCAGCCAGUGCCGACGUGGAUUCACAUAUUCCGAGAGGACCAAACGCUGCGAACCACGAACUUGUUCAUGUCAGAACGGUAAGGGCCUGACAGACGACCCGACACCAGUGAAGUGGUCCACUCAGCUGAAUAUGACACGAUUUCCGAACGACACUGCCGCUGCGGGUCUGUUGCCACCUGACGUCUUGAAUGACAUUGUGGAGGACGUUGUUUUUCGCGAAGAUAGUG